AUGACGGCUUUAUUGAACUUUAGUGCAAUGGUUAAGGUUCUUGUGCUAUUUGCAUGCACUACAACGUACCUUAAGCCAUACUUCCCACAGGAAUUUAAGAAAUCCCUUGCUGCAAAGGAUGAUGCAUCGUUUUUUGUACGAAUUAUUUCAAUAGGAACAGUAGUUGGUGAGAGACUUUCCCCAUAUAUCUCCUUAUUAUGUGUCUACUUUGCGAUUCAGGCAGUUAUUGGCUUAUUUAUUUAG